AUGAGUUCUAUGUCAAGCCAUAGUAAAGAUAUAAUAAUCGAUGAUGGCGAUUAUUAUACUGAUGUAAAUGGUUAUCAAGUUCCUCAAAAUAUUCGUCAUCGUUUUCGAUCAAAAAUUACAGAUGAACUUCUAGCAGAUAAAAAUAAAGUUGAACACGAUAAACAUACUUUAGAAUCUAUUAAUACUAAACAACGGACACCGAUUUAUCAUCGAUCUCAAACAACUCUUACAAGAUCGAAUUCUGAUUAUACGAAGAUAAGCAAUGAUUUACGAUAUACUGUUGCCCAUGGUAAUCCGGUACAACGUCAGAGUCAUUCAAAAACUGUUCAUAAUCAAGAACUGUUUAAAGAUCUUCAAGAUGAUAACAAAUUUAAUCCAAAUCGUCGAAGAAAAGAUUGGCUUGCUCGCUGGACCGAAGCAAAUAUAGUCCGCGAUCGUCUAUAUAAAAGUAUUCUUGAAGCUCAAAAGAAACCAACGCAAUAG